GAAAGAUUUUCCUUAAAAUUUGCAAAAUAAAUACGCCUACAUACUAAUAAUUAAAAAAUUUCUAAUAAUCUUAAAGUAUUUUCUAUAUGUAUGUAGCGAAUAGUGAGUUAAACAUUGAAAAAAGUGGAUAUUGUGGAAAUAUUUGUUAAAGUAGCCUAUACACAUACAUUACUGGACAAAUAAAUGUGCAUAAAAUUAAAUUUACUGAUUAGCAGAGUCUCAAUAGGGUAAACGCCCCAAAAACAUGAAUGGUGAUUUGAUGCAGCAAUUGUAAAUUUCUAUGUCUGAUUAAAAAUGAAAAUCAAGCUGCCACUGAAGAAAGUCAAUUAUAAUUUUUGAUUGGAUACCAAAUCAAUAUCAUCGCAAGUUCGUACAUUGAAGAUUAACAAAAUAAAGUAUUUCAAAAUGACUGUCGAUUUUAACGAUUAUUUUUGGGGGGAGAAGAACAAUGGCUUUGAUGUUUUAUAUCAUAAUAUGAAAUAUGGUCUACAAGCCAGCAAAGAACUUUCAGAUUUCUUUCGAGAAAAGUCAAGUAUAGAGGAGCAAAAUUCGAAAUUAAUGUCAAAACUGGCUCAUAAGGCCAGUACGGGAACAUUAAAUAGUACAUUUUCACCAGUAUGGACCAUUCUAAGGACAUCUGCAGAAAAAUUGUCUACGCUCCACAUGCAAAUGGUGCAAAAACUCUCCGAAUUGGUUAAGGAUGUAACGAAAUACACGGAUGAAUUGCAUAAAAAGCACAAGACUGUCAAAGAGGACGAGGCACAAACGUUGGAAUGUGUUAAAGCAAUACAAACGUCUACAGCUGAUGUACAAAAGGCUCGCGAUAUGUACAGUAGUAAGGCACAAGAAUUAGAAAAACUACGAAAAGACAAUUCAUCACAAAAAGAUAUUGAUAAAUUGGAAACGAAACUACGCAAACUGCAAGACGACUAUAAAGUAUUAUUAGAUAAACACAACCCCAUUAAGAACGAAUUUGAACGUCGUAUGACGCAGACUUGUAAGCGUUUUCAAGAAAUUGAAGAAAUGCAUUUGCGUCAAAUGAAAGAAUUUCUUUCUACCUAUUUGGAAUUGUUGCAAAAUAACCAUGAUAUGGUUGGACAGGUACAUUCCGAUUUUAAGCGACAAUUUUUAGAUAUGACUGUUGACAAAUUGCUGGAACAAUUUGUAUUAAAUAAAUACACUGGCUUGGAGAAACCUGAAAUGCCAGAACUUGAAUUCAUUCCAUUAUCUAUAAAUCAACAAAUAUCAGCCACUUCAAAUAUUCGUCUGAAUCAACCUUCAGUUGCUUCAAAUUCAAAUUCAGCCACUAGCAUCAAUCGUGGUGGGAACGUUUCGAUGGAUUUACGCGGCACCGAAGCUGUAUCAGUAGGUAGUGUUGCAAGUGGCAGUGGUAGUAUUAUAAAUGCUGAUGACUCUGCUUUGGAUGUUAACAGCACAAAAACUACCGCAUCGAGGCCCACUUCGCCAGAAGUAACCUCUUCCCCAAAUGCAGCCGCAGCAGUAACAGCAACGACCAGCACCGUCAAAAGCAAUUUUCGCAGUUGGUUCUCGUCAAAUAAUCCCAGCAAACAACAGCCACAGCAACAAAAUACCGGAAUAUCUACAUCUGCCACUAGCGGUAGUGGAAAUUUCGGUAUGGAUAGUAAUUGUAUCACAAGUUCACUAUCAGUCAAUAUAAAUGCUACAAAUAACACUACUAGUACCACCACCACCUCUGGCACAACUACCACAACCAUCAACAAAAAUUCCCUUAACUCUGAGCUUCAAUCACUACAGGAUAACAAUCAAGCACUGAACUCACAAAUAGACCGUGAUGUUUUAUCAACAAACUCUAGAGACAACAUUACAGCCACAUCACCAAAUAUAUCAGCUCCCGUGUUAAGCACUAAAAAGUUCUCAGAUCGUUCAGGAACUACAACUACUACUACAAAUCAUCAUCAACUUUUCUCACCACAAAAUACAACAAACAACAAUUCUUAUUCAUCAACACCUGCCACGACAUUGGGAACAAGUCAGAGACGCACUACAUCCCUAUUAAAUAUUUUCUCUUCAAAUUCUCAGGUGUCGGGCAUAUUGCGAAGUCGACGUGACAAAACGAAAACAAAAAAAUCAAAGAAAAAGAAAGAUGGUGAAAUGGCGGAUAACAUUAAGGAAGAACGCACUCAAAGUGUGGACAGAGCUGGUAAUAGCUCUAUGGAAUACGACGAUCAGGGUAAAACAAAACAGCAAAACUCAAGUACAACAAAUUCUGGAUUAUUAGCCAUAACUUCAAAACUAGUAGGAGCUGGAGCAGAAUCAGGUGGUAUGUCAAAUAUACCUGAUGUGUCUUCAACGUCGGGUUUAGUUGAUAACAAUACCAGUGGAACCGGCGAUUCAAAUCAUACAAACAAAAACAAUAACACCGCUUCAACAGCUGGGCAACAGUUUAGUGGCAAUGAAGUUGACGAAGAUGGUUACAGCCUUCAGCCACCCAAAGAGGUUGCCUGGGAUGAAAACAAAGAGAAUGCUGGUAGUUUCUAUUCUGAUUCCGAUUCAGAUUCUGAUAACGACAGGCCCGAGAAACGAAUACAUGUAAAAAUAAAACCUUUAAAUAACGGCCAGGCGCCCAUGUCCGCAAGUGUGGAUGAAUUAAGGGCCACUGUUGAAAAUAUUUCAUUAUCGCCAACAGGUGUAUUUUCGCAGCACAGCCAGCAGUUGCAACAGCAAUCUAGACUAACUUCGCGACAACAAUCUCCGGAAAUUUCGAAUGCUUCCACACCAACGGCAGCAGUACAUCCGUAUGCACCUUUGCAAAGUCCAACAUUAUCUAUGUCAAACAAUUCAAGAUAUGCUGAUCUAGGUGAUAUAUUUUCUGAAUUGGGCGACGUAAGUUCAUCAGCUCCAGCUUCAGCCAAUCUGACGAAAACUCAAGGUCGACAAAUACCAACUCCAACUUCUGGAACAGGUAGUAGUAUUGCUAUACCAAGACCGCCUUCAAGGAGAUCGGAAAUGUUAGUGGGUGCUAGAGGGCGUAUUAGUCCGGCACCGAUAAAUACCAUUAAUCGAGCCGAUAGUAUAGGCUCUUUGGAAUUCCGCACAGCCAUUGGUGGUAUUAGCUCUUCCAGAGGGCCCUCACCCCUAACCAUUGGAAUCUCUGAUACUAUACCGCUGGCGGUAGCAUUUCACGAAAUUAUUCAUGCUUACUUCAGAGGUAGCGAUGAAUCGCGAUGUCAAGUAAAAAUAUCUGGAGAUAUGAUGUUAUCAUUCCCUGCCGGUAUUGCUGGUUUGUUGGCUAAUAAUCCAAAUCCAGCUAAAUUGGGCUUUCGUAUUAAAAAUGUACAAAAUUUAGAACAUUUUAUACCAAAUAGUAAAUUAGUGCAAACGGAUAAAAAUCAAUCCAGUUCAUUUAGCACUAUGCUAGAAUUUAAUAUGCCAGCAUUAACAGCAUUGUUGAGACGUCAGGCGGAACAGAAUCCUACAGCUUCGUAUUUCAACGUGGAUAUUCUAAAGUAUCAAGUGCGCACUAAGCCUGGGGCUAGUUCGUGUCCGUUUCAACUGGUUAGUUAUUGGAAAUGUGAACCCACAUUUACAGCGCUUAAGGUUGAUUACAAAUAUAAUAAUCAUGCCAUGAGUGCGGCAUGUCCACUUUUGAAUGUAACACUACUCGUGCCAGUAAAUGGAUCAGUUCGAAACGUACAAUCAAAACCUCAUUCGGCAUGGUUGGGCGAAUCGAAUCGCUUGGUAUGGAAUUUUACCGAUAUAUCCCAAAAUUCACAGGACGGUGGAGUUGGUACAUUGAGAGCUCGUUUGGAGCUAAGCGAUGGACCGUCUACGCCAGCUUUGCUAACGACACAAUUCAAUUGUGAAGGUACAACAUUGUCUGGCAUAGAAUUUGAAUUACAUGGUCAUGGCUACCGGGUGUCAUUGGUAAAGAAGAGAUUUGUAUCAGGUAAAUACGUUUGUGAAGGAGAUGGUGUACGUAGUGCGGCCACACCAACACCACCGUCUGUCGGUUCAUCUAGUCCAUUUUCGGGAAAAUCAAACUGAAUAAUUUUUAAAAAUAUAUAUUAACUAGAAAAGGAUGCCUCAAUUAAUUGUUUGUUACUAAAUAUAAUAAUAAAAAAGAAAAAAGAAACUUUUUUAUAUAUAAAAACCAAACAACAUGCAAACUAUACGAAUUCGAAUUACUCCAAGGUUUUUCUACAAUUUUUACAGACUUGUAAAAUACAUGAACAUGUAAUUUACACAAUAAUAACAACAAACAAAAAAAUGAUCAAUCAUAUUUCUUUUUCUUAUUACUAUUAUUAUUUUAUUUAAAGCUGUUUCAUGUUAUUAAUAAAGAUAUUAUUAAUCUAUAUACAUACAUACUUAUAUACAUACAUAUAUAUUAUUGUUACACAUACAUAUAACAUUUAUGUUUUAGUUUUUCUUUAUUUGCAAAUAACACUAUUGAAAAUGUGUAAAUUAUAAUUUUUUAAUAUAGACACAAUAAAUACACACAGUUCAAAAGAAAAAGAAAAAUAAAAAUAUCGAUAUUCAAAACUA